AUGUCAACUGCUACAAGUCGGUUGUAUGAAUGUACCACCGAUGUCGAGGAUCCAAACGGUUAUCACACGGGACGAUACUUUCCAGUGAUAUUGGGGAAUGAGUUCAAGGGCGGUAGAUACCGUGUUCUGCAUAAGCUUGGAUGGGGUGGAUUCGCAACUGUCUGGCUGGCGAGAGAUAACCUGACCUGCUCCAAUGUGGCCGUGAAGAUUAUCAAUAUGAACGAUAGCUCCCAAGAGUUCAAAGUUCUACACCACCUUCAACAUUCCAGCGUUACCCAGGCAAAUGUUGACCACCCAGGCCGUGCUUCAGUGCUCCAGCUCCUUGACCAACUUUGGUUUAAAGAGCAUAGGGCAAAGGAAACAAGGGCUCCUGAUUUCAAGUAA